UUCGAACUCCGUCAACCACAAUCUCAACGUUUACCACAACUAAAAUAACAACACAAGGUACACAUACUAUAUAUUUGUAAUUAUGGUAUUAAUUGUUUUGUGUGUCGCGUAUAGUUGGGAUGGAAAGCGUUCAAAACCUAACAUAUAUGUCCAAUGUCUAGCAUCAUGCCCAAUCGACAAAAAAUGUCCAUUGCACAUCUACGUUUCCACAAUGGAUAAAUCAAUAUAUGACCACCUGAAAAAAUUAAAGACCUCUUACCAAAAAUGCCACCCACUUUAGGCAAUCUAAUAUGAAGUACGUACUUCCACAUCGAGAUCUCAUCAAUGGACAAUGCCCAUUCGUGUGGAUUCGUCUAUUGGUGACUUAGGCCCGUUUCAUACGCCGUACUUCACAUGUGCCGAAUACAUUAAAGACAAUAGAUAAUGAGCUGAAAUGCCUCAUUAUCUAUUGUUUUUAAUGUAUUCGGCACAUGUGAAGUACGGCGUAUGAAACGGGCCUUAGUCCAAUGGACAAUUGCAAGUGAAAUGUCCAUUCCAUGCACAUAUUCCAUCCCCGCUGUUAUAUAUCCAGGUGGGCUCAACAGGAAUCUUAACGUCAUUUGCCAUUAUUUUUCCACUGAAUAAAUGAAAUAAUGCCCAUUAGACUUUCCGUUUGUUCAUUGGACAUAGACAUAGUGAAUAAGCAUUCCUCACCAGGAGGUUAUAUUCAAAUUCAAAUCUCCCGAAAGUACUCAGCAAAUUUAAUUGCAGACACUUUCAAAACGUAGUCAAAAUAAUAAUUACAUAGGGGCAGAUGCACCUUGAGCAAUUUGGGCAUCUCACUCAAUAAUAUCAAGUACGUGGAAAAAGUUUUGUUGUUGGAAAUUUCGAGCUAAAAAACGUAUAUUUUACACUCGUGGUACUAGUUGUAGUUCUAGUUAUGCAGGCCAAAGCAACAUGGUUCAAUUUUGGACAAAAUAGAGUAGGAGCUGCAUGGCCCACCCAUUGGUGGCACGUCUAAAUUAUAACGUAUUUUUACAACUUUAGACAAUCAACCUAGCUCUGUUUCUAAAAAGGAGGCAACAACAUCUACAAUUUCUACUACACCUACAAUUUCAAGUGAGGUUUUUGCCUAUAAUUACAUUGAGAUGUAUUGUAGUAUAUAUUCAUGUAUACAGACUAUAUAGUUUUAUGUUUUGGUGAUAUACAGUGAAGUUAUUGUAUAGUGUAUGUGGUAUGUCUUAAUGUCGAAGCCCAACCAAGGUACGGGUUAGUUAUUAGUAAAGAAGGAAAACUGGAAUAACCGGAGAAAACCCCUCGCAGUACUGGAGCGAACCAACCAUGAGGUUGAGUAUGAUGUGAUUACCAACGCUAAUUUGUUUUUUCUGCCCCUCAAAUUUUAGAACAAUUUCAAAUUUAUGGCCCUAAAUUUAAAUUGUAUCCGCUACCGUGUUAUUUUGUUGUGCUAGCGAACUUAAGAUGGAGAGCAGAUGACCGGUUUUUGUCACAUGUACAAUUAUAUUUCAACUAGUUUGGUUUGUUCUUGUAGUCGCUUUGCCGUCCUACAUGUUUAAGGUCCCUAUUACUGUUCUGAAUGCAGUUUAAUCAGUCCUGCACUGUGGUUACAUUUGGUAUAGGACGCAAUAUUUUGAGUUGAUGAAGGAAAUAAGUUGAAGUUCUUCUUACCCUUAUUCAGGCAAGAAAAUAGCAGAUGAUUCUAGUAGAAUCAUUCUCAUAUCGACAACAGUUGGUGGCGGUGUGUUUCUUAGCAUCGUGCUUAUUGCCUUACUGGUAAAAUGCCAACGACAGAAGCGGGCUUCAAAGCUAUCAUCUCCUGUCGAUAUCCCACUGGAGGCAGUGGGAACUCCACAAGAACCAUUGGUAAUUGAUGAGGUAAAUUAUAAUUUAGAGUCGUGGUGCAUGGUCGUGACAUAUAGUGAAUGGUUAUUACAUGUGGACCUCUAGGAAGAACAGUUUUAAACUGAUCGAGCUAUCCAGCAUAAUUAUAGUAAAGUUAGUUUCGUUUAGAUUUCCUUCUGUAGUAACAUUGGACGGAUAAAUAAGUCCCUUCCUGGAGAAUAGUUUAGAACAGAUGCAACUACCCAGUAUAAAUAAAGUGAAUUUAUAUGAAGUUUAUGGGUAUCGGUCAUAGUAUCGGUUACUAAUUGCAAAAGACGUGAGCUGACUGCAAACUUGGGUCAGCAGGUGGUGGGCGCACUGGCGUUGAGUGCAUGAUAUUCUUCCAGACCGCGUAGUCAAUAGGUAGGCCGGUGCCUUUUCUAUAAAAUCUCAGGGCCUGGGUGAUAUUUCCUAUAUUGACAUUAAAGAAAUCGUUAUCGUCAAAACAGGAACCAGGUUACGAAACUGUCCCAAGAGUCACGGUUAGGGACUAUUACGAAGACGUCACCACAAAUGCAAACAAGUCGAAAGACAUAUCAUUUGAAGGUCAGUAAUGUAUAAAAUUCCAGUAACCUUGGUAUGUGUAAUACGUGGUCAUUCUAAGAAAAAAUGUAAUAUAUCUUGGUUGAAACGAAACCUAUCUUGAUAAUAUUUCCACUGAGUACGAGGAUAAGAGAUGAUAAGAGUAAUGAGGAUUGUGACUCUCGCGAGGUUUCGCUAUGCGCGGUUAAAUCCAGUCAAUGGACCAUUCCCCAAUUAAAAUUUUAGAAAAGUGGUAACCAUUUCCCGUUUGUAAUCUAAAAUGACUGAAAAUUGCAAACUUCGCAAGGCUAUAUUAUCCGCAUUUUACAACAUUUUACAACGAAACUUUGGAAUAUUACUAAUUUUGUGAUGCUCUUUCAAGCUGUGAUGAAAUUUUUGUCUAGACUUGUGGAGUUCAAAAUUUUGGUUAAUUGGGGAUUGGUCCAUUCACAUCAAUUUUCAACAACUCUUGUUCAAUUGUUCUCGUUCGACCGGGGCAUGGGAGUUGCGAAAAGACUCAUCAAUUAAACUCUUGCUUGCUAACUCUCGUCAGAUCAACUCUCAUCCUCGUUUGACAAAGGGCCUAUUGUAUAAAACUCUUAACAGUUUUUUAAUCACUAUUUUGUAGUUAAAUAGUAGGUAACGCUCCAAAACACGCGAUUUUGAUUGGCUAACAUUCGCACUAACUACUGUUGACUUUCACUACCUUUUUAUACAACCGUGGUCCCAGAAUUUUAUAAUCUUUUGAAAGGUUCUGAUUGAUAGGGAUACAACUAACCUGAGAAAAAGCUUCGAUGUUUCGGGAAGUUAGUGAAUGUGAAACAGGCAUCCCUCGUAAUCCGAACCUUUCUUACUGUUGGCACUACCUACACUGGCACAGACCUUUCAAGUUUUAUAAUCUUUUGUUUCUAAAGGCAAAACAUUGCAUUACGAAGAGGUUGACAUACCAUCAAAUGCUGUACGCAAUACAUCUGGGUACACUGAAUAUAAGGAACGACCAUUUAUCGUGAACCUGAAGGGCACGAGGGACGAUGGUGGUUAUCGGGCACUUUUAAAGGAGAAUGGCAGACACAUAAUACCCGAUGAACCCCAGUACGAAACACCAAGUGUAGGCUAUGAAGAACCCAAAAUAUCGCCAGAAAACCCUGGUUAUACUGAGCUUGAUAAGAAUAGACUCCAAGGCAGAAAUGCAAUGGAUGAUGACACGUAUCAGAAAUUACUAAAGCGAGACUCAAGUUACGUUAUGCCAGCUCAUGAGAAUAUAAGAGAGUCAUACGAAGACAUCAAGAUGGGAAGAAACGUGCCAGACUACACGGAUCUGGAUCUAAGCAAACGCGAAGCUGAGGAUUACCCUGCUUACCAAGAGUUGGUCAAAACCUGA